AUUAUUUACUGUACCAGAUACUGAUAUACUAGAGGGAGCCACCAGUCAGUUUGCUGACCAUAUUUUUACCACUGCUGCAGCCGCCAUACUUAAUGAUAUUGAUGGUUACCACCAUCUGGAGAUAAUCCACAACCUGAUAAAAAGGAACUGGACCUGGAUAGAAGAACAGUUAGAUAUCAAACUAUCAAUGAAAGACAAGCCAGCUGCUAAAACUAUCAAAUUUGAUUUAGAUUUGACCCCAAUCAAAGAGAAAAAGUUUGUUCCCCAGACUGAGUUCAGUCAGAUGGGAGAUACAGAUUUUCAACAGGAAUUUAUAAUGAACUUUAAUUUGAACUGGACUGCGAUGUUACAGAGUGAUCUGGGUCUCAGUGAACAUGGUUUCUCUUCCUUACUCUAUAACAGACAUGAGAUGCAAGAUGGAGCCUAUCUAGAGGAGGCUGAAAAACGACCUGUUGAAAUUCUACGAUCAUUGUUUGAAAGAGAUUCAUCAGAGAUGAGUUAA